GGGCGGAGCCACAUGGAGAAUGUAGGCAGUGGUUGAGUUGGUUGAAGGAGUUUGGUUUAGUUUAGUUUAAAUGUUUGAAUAAAUAAAAUGUCCCGUCGUUUUGUGGAAUUUUGUGUUGAACCGGAGUAAAAACAAAGUGGAGAAAAUGAGGAGUUUCCUUUCAGUGUGGUUGCUGCUGGUGCUGGCUGCAGUGGCCCGAGGAGCUUCCUUUUAUGGCGAUGGAUUUGUGCAGUUGAAGGUGAAAGAUUCGACUCAGCUCAACACACUUCACGUCCGCUUCCGCACGUCGAGCCAGAGAGGUGUGCUUUUCCUGGCUGCAGGGCAAACCGAUUACCUGCUACUGGAACUCAGCUCUGGCAGACUUCAGGCAAAGUUGGAUCUUGGUUCUGGUGAGCAAAUUCUACACUCAGACAAAGGGAACCCAUUGAACGACUUGGCUUGGCACACAGUAGAUCUUAUCCAUGACCGAUUUAAUGUAAAUCUAACAGUGGACAAGCAUUUCCAGACCAGCCAGAGACUUCCACGCUCACAGCACGAGCUGGAUAUCAGUGAUGGUGUAUAUAUUGGUGGGACAGGAGGCUUGGAUAAGGUCUAUCUCCCUACUGACCUCACUGGCUUCCGUGGUUGCCUUGAUGAAGUGCUAUUUAAUCAACACAACCUCCUUUCGUCACUUCGACCAUACUCUGGCUUAAAGAACGUCCAUGAGGUUUCUCUUGGAUGCAGUCCACAGUUCUUUGCUAAUGAAGAGGAGGCAAUCAGCUUUUUCAGUUCCAGGGCAUACGUCUCCCUUCCUCCUUGGACUGCACAGCGAGAGUGGACUCUCGAAUGCUCUGUACAUACAUCAGCUCAAGAGGGAAUCAUUAUGUACAGUUCUGCUCGAGAAGGGGGCUUUGUUGCCAUGGAGAUUCACAACGGCUUACUUGUCGCUGUGUUAGGUAGAGACGGGAUGAGGACGGAGCUCCGCUCUCUUACUUUCAUCAAUGACGAGAAGUGGCACCAUGUUAAGCUUUACUUCACCUCUAAAAGCUUGCAGCUAACCAUCGAUGAAGAGACGGUGAAGUCUAGUGUCAAAUCCAGAUCAAAAACCUUGCAUUUGAAAGGUUUUCUUUUCCUUGGUGGUGUAGAUGAUGGCACUCGGUUUGAAGUCAGAAAGGUGGGUCUGUCAUCAGUGGCAGGAAAGCGCAUUAAAGGUGGCUCCUUCAAAGGAUGCUUUAGAGAUAUCAAGGUCAAUGGUAUCUUAACAGGUCUCCCAAAUGCUCUGGUAACCAAAGACGUCUCGGUUGGCUGUGAACCAGAAAAGGAGCCUCAGAUUAGCACCACUUUGAGCCCGAAGACCCCGACUAAGAUCUUUGAAUUUGUCACUCCGUUACCAUCUAUAGACAUGUCCACCCUUGCAAUUGGUCUGGUUGCUGGGCAUGGGCAAAACUUCUUACAACUUAGGAACCUUGUUGUCUCUGAGGGCGGUCGUGCAUCAUUGGAAUCAAAACAUAUCAAAGUGAACCUGGAUUUUAAGAAGCUCGGCAUCCGUCAAUCUCAGAUCACGUUUAGAAUCGAAGAGCAGCCAGUGCAUGGUCAGUUGAGGUUUGAUGUGGACCAAGAGCAAGAAGAGAAUACCUUCAGUAUGCUGGAUCUGUGGCAUGGCAGAGUGAUGUACAUCCAUGGAGGUUCUGAAGAGCCACAUGACUACUUCAUGUUCUCCGUGUUCUCCAGCAGCAGAAAAGUGGCACCAGUCUACCUCAAGGGAGAGAAGUUAUACAGAUUCAAUGUGACUGUAACACCAACCAACGAUGCCCCUGAAUUGAGCCUUCCUGAGGGAAAUGUCUUUGUUCUACUUGAGAACUCUAGGAAGAAGUUAACCACCGAUGUGUUAAAAGCCACAGAUGUAGACAGCAGCUCCACAGACUUGGUCUACUCUGUAUUGGGAAAUCUUAAUGCUGAUGCUGGGUUUCUGGAAACUGAAGAUAACCCUGGUCAGGCAGUCACUUCAUUCCCUCAUUCAGCUCUGGAAACAGGAAAAAUAAACUAUGCCCACACUGGAGUAAAGAACUCCAGGAUAGUGUUGAGGGUUAGUGAUGGAGAGAAGCUCAGCAACACGGUGGUGUUAAGGAUUAUGGCGGUUAAACUGGAACACAGCAUCGCAAACAACACUGGGGUAGAAGUCACUCAAGGGGAAACGGCUUUAAUAAAAACUACACAAUUAGCAAUUCAGACAAACGCAGUAAGACUAAGACAAGUAGUAGACAUUCGUUAUGAUGUCGUUGAGCCGCCAAUGUUUGGAGAACUACAGAAGCUUCACUCGAACGGAGAAUGGAAGUUUACCGAUUCUUUUUCUCAACGAGUUUUGGAGAAAGACCGUCUGAGAUACCUCAGCACCUUUAAGGAUAUUCAGUCUGCCAAUGUAACCGAUCGCUUUAAGUGUAAAGUCACAAUCGCAGCAAAAGCAACAGAGGAACUGGUGUUUAAUAUAAAGACUAAAUGGAUUGAUUACGUUGUGGAGAGAAACGAAGUUCUCGAAAUGGACAAGAUCAGGAGAGUUGCGAUUGAUCCAGAGCAUCUAUAUGCAACGUCGCAAGGUGUGGCUUUAACUGAGGAGGAGAUUUAUUUCAAGCUUCUCUCGUCAACGAAGAAAGGAUUGAUUUUGCUGAAUAAUAAAAAGUUAGGUACAUAUUCUACAUUUAGCCAAAUGAACAUCACUAACAAGGAAGUGGAGUAUCAGUUAAUAGAGAGACCAUUUGAGAACACAAGUGAUAGUUUUGAAUUUCACGUGUUCAGCAAACAUGCUCAUUCAACGAGUCAUUUAUUCAGGAUAAAUAUCAGAGCAGAUAUCAACAGCAUUUAUAUUAAAAACGGCGGACUUGCGGUUUUGGAAGGCGCGAGCAAACUUAUUACAAAUACCGAACUUUUUGCUGAGACUCUGAGUACUAAAGAAAUCUACUACAUAGUCACUGAGAUGCCAAAACAUGGCAAGCUAGCACGAAUCAACCUGUCCAACUCGACCAAAGAUUAUGAUAAUCUGGUGUCUUUUACCAAUCAGGAUAUUAUCGAGGAACGCCUCAUGUACGUCCAUGACGACAGUGAAACAAUUCACGAUCAGUUCAGAUUUAUAGCUUCGACAAGUCCGCGGGCUACGAGCCUCAUCAGUGAAGAUGAGGUCGGCUCCAAAGACGGUGUCUUCAACAUCGCUGUGCAGUUAGUAAACGACGAGAAGCCUGUUCGAAUUGUGGAUAAGGUGUUCCAAGUGGUCAAAAACGGACAGAGGCUGUUGACGUUGGAUGACUUACGCUACCACGAUGCAGACUCUGACUUCAGCGAUGGGCAGCUCGUUUACACCCGCCGCGGGAUCCCGAUAGGCGAUCUAGUGCUUGUAAAUGACACUUCUCACAAACUUUACCAGUUUCACCAAGAGGACCUGGAACAGAAGCGAGUGUUAUUUGUUCAUCGAGGGAUGAACUCUGGCCGUUUUGUUCUUUUCGUAUCCGAUGGCAAGCACUACGUCUCCUCGCUGUUGGAUAUCAGCGCUCAGGAACCGUACCUAAAGGUUGCCAACAAUACAGGCCUAUUAGUCCAGAAAGGAAAGGUUGAGACAUUCAGCAAUGCUAAUUUUAGCGUGGUUACAAAUAUGGACAUCAGGGAAGACCGUGAAAUCACUUUUAAGGUUAAUGAUGCUCCAAAACAUGGUGCAUUAUUUUUAAAAGACAAGCAAAUUGACACUUUUACUCAAUAUGAACUGAAGAAUGCUUUGUUGUCGUAUCGCCAUGACGGCAGCAAGAAUUUGGCUGAAUUUUUCAGUGUUGUCGUGGAAGCGAAAGGGUUACAUGUGGAAGCAAGGAUCAAUGUGAAGGUGUACUUGGAAAGCCACCAAAAGCCACCUGUCGUACUCAACAACAAAAUCUUAGUGGUAGACGAGGGAAAGCCGGUGAAGAUUGAACGCAGUAAACUUGAGGUCAUUCAUGAAGCAAAUUUGCCCAAUGAAAUCGUCUUCGCUGUCCAAGUUGCUCCAACUUAUGGAUAUCUGCGAAGUUUUAUUAACACUAAAGAACAAUUCCAGGGAAUUGAGCAGGACCCUUUAAUGACCUUCACACAACAAGACAUCAACACCGGUAAUAUCCAGUAUGUACAGAUAACGCCCGACCAGGUCAACGAUUCCUUCGUUUUGGAAGCCAGCAACGGCGUUGCAGACCUGAGUGGCAUCGUUAUGUCUGUGGAUAUCAUUCCUCGCUAUAUACCUAUCGAGGUGUCCAAUAUUACGCUAAAAGAAGGAGCAUCCAAGGCGCUGACAGAAAACAUCAUACGAGUUACCAGUCAACAUUUCUCUGGGCUCCACUUCGUGUACUACGUGUCAGAGGGACCAGUGCAUGGACACAUUGAGAACUCUCGUUUCCCGGGGACACCCACAACAUAUUUUACCAGAAAACAGCCGACCACAAAGGAAAGAAAAUAUCAGGCUGCUCAGAACUUCAAGGUGGAGCAGGAGUUUAUCUACUAUGUCCAUGACAACUCCGAGACCUUACAGGACUACUUCACUGUUCUAGCCAAUGCCACGGAUCUACAAAAACGCAGCACACCCAGAACGGUGCAUGUCCACGUCACACCAGUAAAUGACGAACCUCCGGUUAUCACGGCCAACAAAGUCCUCAGGGUCUGGGUCAGCUCUAUGACCGAAAUCACUCCUGAAGAUCUGAGUGCAGAGGAUGACGAUACGGCUCCACAGCAGCUCCAUUACCUCACCACUCAGCCCAGUAAUGGUCACCUGGCUCUGAAGAGCGCUCCCACUAGACCAGUCAUGAACUUCACUCAGGCUCACAUUGACCAGGGACAACUUCUGUUCGUGCACAGUGGAGCCACAGCUGGAGGUUUUAACUUCCAGGUGAACGAUGGCGUGAACUUUGCUCCAAGGCAGAUAUUCAGUGUAACGGCUCGUACGCUUGCUCUCCAUAUGGAAAAGAGCAGCCCACUUAAGGUGUUUCCAGGCGCUUCAUCUACAAUUUCAAAAGAAGUCCUGAAAGCAGCAACCAAUGACAAUGAAGGCAGUUCCAACCGCACCAUUGUUUUCACCAUUGUUAAUCCCCCGAAAUUUGGAAAGCUGGUGACUGUAGAGGCAGACAAGCCCACAACUGAGGUCUAUUCCUUCACACAAGAAAUGGUCGAUGAGGGUAAGGUGGCAUAUGAACAGAAUGUGGACUCUGUUGGAUGGGCAGCAUUAGACAAGUUCACAUUCACCGUGUCGUCACCUCCUGCAAGCCUCGAGGCUCAGAACUUUGAUAUCGACAUCUCUUAUGAAAAUGUGGGGCCUGAACGAAAAACUGUCCUCCUUAAAAACACAGGUGCUGUGGUAAUAGAAGGAGACAAAGUCAUGAUUGACAAAACAAUGCUAGAUGCAUCGAAUCUCCUCACCAAGCAGCCUGAUUCUCGUCGCAACUCCUAUGACGUUUGGUACAAGGUCAAGUCCCUACCUCAACACGGUGUCAUCGUUGUGGGUGAACGGAAUCUUACAAAGGAAAAGCCCUACUUCUCUCAGUUCAUUGUGAACAAAUAUGGAAUCACCUACCAGCAUGACAACUCCGAGACCAUGCAAGACCGCUUUGUCUUUGAUGCGUUCCUUAACCUGAAGAGCAAACCUGCACAGCGCCCUGAGGAUGACCGCAAUGUGUUAGAGGAAGCGUUCAACAUUACGGUCACUCCAGUGAAUGAUCAGCCACCUGUCCUGAAAACCAAAGCACCAAGUCUCAAAGUGGUUCAAGGAAACACCAUGGCUCUUGGACCCAGCAACCUGAAUGUGGAAGAUCUUGACAACUCGCCAGAUGAUAUCCAGUACUCUGUGAUCAGCAGACCUAACAACGGCUUCCUUUCUCUUGGAGGAAGUCUAAAUGUAUCUGUGGAUACGUUUUCUCAAGCCCAGAUCAACAAUGGUGAAGUAUUCUUUGUCCAAGAUGGCAGCCCUGAAUCUGGGGUGUUUUAUUUCAGUGUCACUGAUGGUCAUCACCGGCCAGUCUACAAACUUUUCAACCUAGAGGUGCUGAAGAUCACCAUUUCAAUUGUCAAUCAAACAGAUCUGUUAAUGGAACAAGGCCAAAUGUCAGUGGUGCUCAACCAGUCACAUCUGGCUGCAGUGACUAAUGGAAAAAACACUACUGUCCAGUAUAAAAUAACUGAUCCCCCAAAGUAUGGCCAACUUAUCCUGGACAAUGAAGAAGUUACUGCUUUUAAUCAGGAUGACUUGCAAGCACAGAGAUUAAGUUACCAUAUGGUCAAUCUUGCAUCUUGUCAUGACAGCUUUGAGUUCACUGCCUUCACGUCAGAGGCAAACCUGACUGACCAAGCGCUUAACGUCACAGUUAAGCCUUUAAUCAGGUAUGCAGACGAUGUAAAGUUCUCAAAUGAAAUUCGUGUUAAGCUCAAGGCAGACUUUCUCGAUGUCUCCGAGCUUGCCCUGAUAAGUGGUAGCGAUCCGUUGUUUGAAAUCCUGUCCUCACCAAUGUAUGGCAAGAUUUUAAAGACUGGCAAGGAGAAAAAAGCAGAAUCUACAAAGAUGUUUUUCUUUAGUGAAUUACAGCAGGGAAAACUUGCUAUUGAGCUAAAGGCCAACCUUACCGAAGUGCAAGAAGUGAAUGACUCAUUAAGAUUUGUCUUGAAAGCUGGUAACCUCCAACCUGCUAAUGGGGAGUUUGUCUUUAGCAUUGUGCCACAUAACCCUGCUCUCAUAACACCACCACCACUGGACACAAGUAGUACUGCUUCACCCAGCCAAACCACAGUUAAGAGCCCUCCUUUCAUUUCCAAAUCCUCAUCAAUUCAGCCUUCGCCGCCGGUCACCAAGGCUGUGCCAAGGUUCAAGAGCCGCAAUCGCUGGGGUAACUUGAAUCGCAGUGAUUCACAUGCCACUACUAUGCUUAAACCAACUCAUGGUCAAGAAAUUGUUCCAGUGAGGAACCAACCAGUCAGGGUUGAGUCAGUGUCCCAGAUCAGCUCCUCUUCUAACCCUAUGCUCAUCAUCCUUCCAUUGCUCGCUCUUCUACUUGUGGUCAUUAUGGUCAUAUUGGUGUUACUGCUGAGGCGAAAUCAGCAGAAAAAGAAAAAAUCUUUGAAUGGUGCCUCUGUUCCUAAAGCCUCUCCUGAUAGUUGGGAAUUUCAAGGUCAUUCAGAGAGGACUGCAAUGGUUCCUUUAGUGACUGUAACCCCUCUCAGCCCAAGCAACCCUGGUAGUCCUGUCUUGACUAGACUCCAGACAGGCAACCCUGUCUAUGGGCAAGCCAUGACCCUGUGCUCCUUUGAGGACAUGGAUCUUGAAGCCAGUCGGUUCUGCAGGACCACAAACCCCACGCUGCAGCACAAUCAGUACUGGGUGUGAGCUGGAUCCAGAAUUACCUUUUAAGUCUGUCUGCUAAUUGCUGGUAAACUGUAAAAAUUUACAGGCCAACAUAUUUUUCAACCAGCCCUAGAAUCGCAGAAGAUAUGAUGCCCUUAAAAACAAUGUAAUUACCCAUUGAUUAAAGGGAAGUAUGUUAUAGUAAUUAUAAUAACAAGCAGGUCCUGUUUGUCGAGUACUUGCGGCAAACAACACCAAUAGCAUUGGUGUCAUAAAAAGCCAAUCUCUCCUCAUCGCCUUAUCUGUGAAACGCCACUUCUCGUUAAAUUUUCUUUUUAAUACCAUAUUUCCAAUGUGCUCCUAAUUUUCUUUUUUGGUUGCUCUACUCUGGCAAUGUGUUACCACAUACUUGUAGACUCUUAGCAGUUAGUGCUUACAUCUAGGCUUAGCUACAUCGAAGGUAGACACUGAGGGUCAGUCAAAAAAAAAAAAAACGCAAAACAGUCAAACAACUUGUUGUAGUGAUAAGUUUAUAGUGUAUUUCAGCAACCUGACAUUACCGACUGAAAUUUAUUUUAUUCACCAGUGUAGAUUUUUACUGUGCAUUUUACUUGGCGAGUAGCUGGUGCUAAUUUUGGAUCCUGGUUCUAAAUUAUAAUCUAUGGACAAGGAUCAGAUCCAUCACAGUAUUUUAGUUGAAAUGGUUUUACAUUAUUACUAGUUGACUGAACCUUUGAGCAAGACUCUUGAACUUAUUGUUGGAGCAAGGCGGUAGACAAAACAACUAAAAUGACCUGGUUGUUUUUGUAGCCAGGUCACAGUUGUGCUGCUUGGAUCAGCACUUUUUCCAGUUUAAAUCCCAGUCUUUACCUGGAAUAAGCUUAAUGAGGUUAAACCACUACAUUUUUUUUUUUUUAAUGAUGCUGGAUUUAACAAUUCUGGUUCAUUUUCACUCAACGCAAACAAGCCAUAUUGAAUAGGAUUCGUACAGAUUUGACAGAGGAGAGGAGGUAUAGCCACAAAACUCCAAAUUGAGACUUCAGAAUACCUUUAAAGAGUGUUUUGAAGUGCAAACCAGUGGUAUGGGAGCGAGCAGCGGUAUUGAGGAACCACAGCAAAAGAGAACACUAAAAACUAGACUGGACUAGAUUGGACUAGUGUUCUGGUUGGCUUCUGCUUUAUGAUAAACAAUCAGACCAGCACACUAAAAAAAGACCAAGCGUAGGAGUUGAGGGAGGAGGGGGGCUGUCCUGAAGAGCAAAAGGAAGAGAGGGGCAUGAUCAGGAAGUUCGCUUGGAGGAAGUUGGAGUUGUAAUCUGUUUGUGUAUCGAGUCCGAUGUUUUAAAUCAUCGACUACUAGAUAUUUUAGUAUAUAAUGCAUUUUGUUCAUUGUUUGUCUUGCACGCCAGAAUUGUAAAUUUAAGCACAGGGUUUUUUUUUUUGUUUUUUAAACUCCGCAUGGCCAAGCACUGUCUACUUUCACAGAAAGCUGACCUUUGACCGUCGUCAUAAAAGCACAAGGUUUUUUUUUUUAACAUAAAGUGUUGGACAUAUCGCUGAUACAAAAACAGACUUGUGUGCAACAAUCUCAAAAUUACAUGGUAUACUACAGCCUCUCAAGCAAGACUUCUAGAGCGUCUUGUGUUGGAAAGGUUGCGGUAAACCUCACAAAAUGUUCUGUCUCACUACGUCUUUGUUCUGAAAAGCCCAUUGUUUUCCUGGUAUUGAAAAAACAUGUCUCCCUGAGGGACUGAGCAUGGAGGUGCAUAUACACAGACGCACGGGCAGCAAGUGAGAUCGUAACUGGUAUGAGUCCGACAGUUGUGAUCAGUAAACUUUAAUUUACUUGGUUCAUCCAAAAAGAUAUAUGCAAAUAUGAUAAACUCUGAGGCUCACUAUGGUUACUGUAAAGUUGUCCUGAUUUCACCUGACCCUGAGGAAAAUCCAGUAUCCAUCACGCUUUGUUUGAAACAAUAGGGUUUAAUUUGGUCUACACUCACUGGCCACAUUAAUAGGAAUGUGUUCUUGAGUCUCAGAUUCCUGUUCUUGGCUGGCAGGAGUGGAACCCAAUGUGGUCUUCUGCUGUUGCAUGCUGAGCUGCUUUUCUGCUCAUCAUGGUUGUAAAGAGUUCCUAUGAGUUACUAUAUCCUUCCGGGCAGCUCAAACCAAUUUGGCCAUUUUACUCUGACCUCUCUUAACAACAAGGCGUUUCCACCCACAGAACUGUUGCUCACUCAUGUUCAGUGAGGGGGAAAAAAAAAAAACACCACUGUGUAAACUCUCGAGACUGUUGUGUGUGAAAACUGCAGGAGAUCAGCAGUCCAUCUGGCACCAACACCAAUGCCACAGUGAAAGUCACACUUUGAGAUCACAGUUUUCCCCAUUCUGAUGUUUGAAGUGAACAUUAACUGAAGCUCUUGAUUUGUAUCUGGGUGUACCUAGUAAAGUGGCCAGUGAGUCAACUUUGAUGAUACUCUCUUCGGGAUUUUAAUGGAUGCCGUUAAUAAAACUGAAUGUCUUGUCUUCCUGUCCCAUCAGUAGGACUGGGUGUAGUUAUUCCUCUGAAACGGUCUACCUCAGACAUCUGAGUGAACCAGGCAUCCAAAAAAUGUUCAGAAAAUUAAAAAAAAAAGACCGAAUCUGUUGUAUAACUAAACACUGAGACUGCAUUAAGGUACUAUCUGCUUUCAUGCUGAUAUUUUACAUAUUUAUUUCUAUAUCCAACUUAUGUAUUAUGUAUUUAAGCAGAAAUGUAGUGCAUAAUUUGUUUAUGGAUAUUAAGUAGUUAUUGAUUUUUUUGUAUCAGGUAUUGGGAGAUUACAUUAGACACUGAAGCUGUAUUACACUGUUUGAUAUGAGCAUGUGACGUAACUGUUACAAUCAGCACUGAUUUGAUGCAAGAAAACUUACUAUUUCUUAUUUAUAUUGUGUUGAACCGCUGAAAGUAUUUGCAGUGUCUGACUUCACGCCUGUGGUCUGUAGGUUAGUUUGCAGCAUUUUCUUUCAGUCAUGGUGAUUCCACUGCGCAAGGAAAAAAAAAGUUCUCUUUUGGUCUAUCACUGGACAUGUAAUCCCUUGCUCACUGUAUUAUAUUUGUUAAUAAAUAGUGCAUGUACUGCACCUAA